AUGUCUGUUGUCGGAUACCUAAAGCUAUUGCAUCAGUGUGACAAGGAAAUCAGUUGGCAUUCUGAACGUAAGCGGUUGAUACGUAUUUACAAACGUUUUAUUCCUGGUGGCUCGGAAAACGAGAUCACAGACGUUGAUUCGUUGCUCGACAAACUGCAAGAGAGAAGUGUUCUAGGAAUUGACCGACUUGACGUAUUGAAGGAUCUCCUAGAAGGGAUAGGAAAAUGGGAUCUUCUUCGAAUGGUGAAUGAAUUUGAAAUUAAGAGAAAAGACUUCAAACAGUUUCUGGAGAAGAUAAGUCAUGCACUCGACGAGUCCAAUGAACUGCAACGACUUAUUUCAAUCUGCAGAAGACAAAAUCUCAUAGCUCAUGAAAGAGAAGGACACAUCAGAAACGUCAAUGCAUUGUUCACAGAGCUAGAAAAUCAGAACAAUCUGGGAAUAGGAAAUCUCAGUAUCCUGAAAACCUUUGCAAAUGAAGUCGAAAAACCAGAUUUGUGCAAACUUGUGGAUGACUUCGAUGAGAAGAGAAAACAAGAAGACGAUGUUGAGAGGAAAAGGAAAGAGUGGGAGGACUACAAACUAAAAGCACAAGCUCAGGCCGCAUCUGUUCUAGUUGGUGGAAUAAACAUUGGAGAAAGGUUAAUUGGAGUUUUGACACCUCACUGUACUUUCCGCAAUGUUACUGGUGGUGCUGUGGUCGUCACUACAUGGAUGGUCCUUCGCAGGAGUCCCAGUAUGGAAGCAUUUGUCAAUGCUUUCAAAGAAGCUGUUCUCCCAUUUGGAAAUUGUUUGCGUGCAAUUAGUGAUGGAUCGAUCCGAUUUGCGCUUCAAGCAGAAAAUAGUUCCGCUCUUCACGCACUAUGGGAAAGUUAUAAAAACGAAACACUACAGACAAAUUUACAAGAGUUUCUUGUUACUGAGGAAAUAAAGCAGCUGGCAGGUGGUGAAGUGACAUUGACUGUGCACAUCGACGAAGAUGAAUACAGAAAUGCUAUCUUGGAUUUGAUGAUAUCAGGAAGAGAAGAGAUGAAACUUGAAGAGGAAAGAGGAUUAAAAGAACGGGCAAGUUCUGAUUCAGACCUUCUGAAAGAACGAAACAUCACCACAGCCAAUACAAGAGAUCCUUUUCCAGAGAGGGAGUUUUUACCAUUUGACAGAAAACUGCGUGUAGAAGAAUAUUUGGAAAAUCUUCAAGAGACCUUCAGCGAAAUCACACUACCGAGUGAUAGCGGAGCUGGGACUUUGAGUAGUGCCACUUCUGAAUAUGGAUUUCACAAAGGAGACAGACUUGAAAAGCUCGACCAGGUUGAAGGGUUAAUCAAAGAUGUCAGUGAGAAUUGGGACCGCAUUCAGGAAGCAUACAGAGAUGCAUACCCGUCCGAAGGACGUAAAUAUCGUAGCAUAGGGAAAGAAUUGGAAAAGAUCAGAAUGACUCUAGGAACCUGGAGAGAGAUGGAAAAAGAGUGGAUGAUUGCAGAACCUAUUUUGACAUCGUCAAGCAGUCCUGAAGCUGUUAUACAACAAUUGAAAAACUCUCUACAGCUAGAUCAAGGCUUUUUCAAAAAUCCAACCAGAGAGGACAAAAGAGCUAUCCGUGUCUUGGCAAGAAAAGCCAAAAAUUUAAAACGAUUCGACGUGUUUAGUUACUUAAAAGAGAUCACACCACCAGGAACAACAGGUCCUCGGUUACCUGAGAAUAUGCUCAUCAAGGAGAUGCCAAGAUAUCUUUUAACACUUUUGGAAGUUAAGGGUAUAGCGGAGAAACUGGAUUUGAGACUAGAAAUGAUGAGAAGCCGAGAGGGCACUUUCGUAAUGGAUGCUCUCACCAACCGACACGACUUAAGAACAGUGGGUGAGCUGUAUGACUUUUUAUGUGAACGUGGGCUGUCUUACUGUAUCGAUGAUCUUUAAAUAUCUCAACGCUACCAGCCCACGUGGAUCUCUCGAUCUCAUGUUUUCUUACUCUAUCCUAUGAGAUGAUGAAUCAGCUCACCCUUACCACAGGGAACAGAUGAUUUGCUGCUAAAGUCAGUCAUACUAAUUUGACAUAAUUAACUAUUCCUAUAAUUCCUCCGACUGAGUCAGUUAGGUAGAGUUGGUUAUUAUAAAAAGUCAUGUUAGUAUCGGAAGGUAAUUUAAUAUUGCACAUAAUUAAAGUUGGCAUUAAAUUUUCUCUACAUACAUAGAUACAUCAACUUUAUUUAUACACGACGAAUGAUAAAAGCUAAACGCUUAUGGGGUCGUAUGUUUAGUUAUCUAAUAAAAUUAAUAAGAAACUUAAUAAAUAGCUUAAGGCUCUUAACAAAUACUAAAACCUCAUGUAAAUACAGUUGUAAUAUCUUAAAAUCCUAAAAAAUAUCUAAAAUCCUGAUUGUUAAAAUCAACUGUAGAAGCUGAUUCUACUUUAAAAGUGAACUCUGUGAAAUCUUUAAUUUUACUUAAUCUAGAGCUGAUAGUUCUACGUGGCUCAGAAGCAAUAUCAGAGUUUUUCGAUGUGAUUGCAUUCCAGAGGACUGCCCCUCUAUAACUAAUAGAUUGCUGUAAAUAACCAGAUGUAAAUCUAGGUACAGCAAUAUUAUCUGUCCCCCUAAAUGCAUAACACGACACCUUCUUGUUAAUGAUACUAAUACAUAACACUUAAAUAGAAAUUUUCCAGUACACUCUCGGGAAGAGAUCUUGAUUUUCUCAGCAAGUUAAGCUUGCUUGCGAAGCUCUUUUUCACUUCUGACAAGUAUGGUGACCAUGUCAGUUUGUUGUCGACCGUCACUCCUAGUAAGCGCGAUUUUUCAACCCAUGUUAUCAAGGAGCCCGCCAUAGAAACAGGCGGAAUAGGUCCGAUAUAAUUAGUCAUGAGUAUAGCCUCGCAUUUUUUAGGGUGUGGUGUGAGCCUGUUUAUGAGACACUGACUGGGUCCCAGAUUCUACUCUCAUUAGUAACUUACGUUAGUUUUCUAACCGACGCUAGAAAUCAUUACCUAUAAUUAUUAUUUUAAAUAGUGCUUGUCUUUGAAAUGGUAGUAGCAGUAAAAUCUCACGUUUACAUGGUGUUUCCAUCGGGUUAGAACUUACAAUAUUUUUUUUUGAAGGAAUUAAUUAAACUAACUACGCUAGCUAGAAAAACCGAAAAAAAAACUGUAGUCAAAGUCAAACCUGCUUUUCAAGAAUACCGUGUAUAUUAAUGUUGUACUAAAAAAGUAGACGAUCUCAGUUUCAAACAUGAGUUUUCUCAAUUUCAUUUCAAACUCACUUAAGGAGUUGGAUUGUUUGAUUUAUUUCGGGAAGCUUUUCCAUAGCACAGUCCUGCUAAAGCUUAAACUUCGUUUACAACAAUUAAACGAGUUUUAUCUUUGACCCGUUCAUAUAUAAACGAGCUGUUGUAUUUUCAAACCAUAGAGGUGCGAGAGUUUGUUUUCCGACCAGCAAUUAUCAAGUGCGAGUUCAUGGACGUAUUUGACCAAAAGAGAGAAAGCAGAUAGGCUUUAUCAUUACACUAACAUUCCGGUGAAAGAUUAUUUGACGGGUCUGGUAGCUUCAAUUCUCGGCAAAAUUUUCAGGACAUCAACGACAAAACGGCUGAAAAAAAUAAAUCCAAACCGAAUUCAUUCAUUGAGGCUGCAGUUUCAAUAUUGCUUUAGCGGUUGAGGAAAAGCUCAGAGAGUCGCAAUUGGAAUACACAUACAUACAUGAAAUAUGUGUUUAAUCUAUUGUGAAAAAAAAUAUAUGUAUAUAUUUUUUUGCACAAUAGAUUAAACAUAUUCAUAAAGCCUUUUUCUCCAAACAAGUUCUGAUCAGAAUAGUAGAUGUUCGCAUGGCAGAUAAUACCUAAACUAUAUAUUUGCACUUUUUAUCAGUCGCCGAUGAAUAGUGUGUGAAGUUUUCGACGCGCAUGGAGGCUUUUAGGUCAGAAUUUGGCAGAAUUUGAAUAAAUAAAUCUUGACAUUGGGAUUUGCAUCCUAUCUAUAUGAUAAUCCUUAUAUCAAUGA